UAAUUAAGUUAUUUUGAAGUUACAAGGAAUUAUUGUGAGAAAGUAUAUGUUAUCCGCGCCUUGCCUUUAAUGUCAUAACUAUAUAAUUAAAAAACUGAUAAGAGUUGACCAAAAACAGAAGAGAAAAAACAAAUUUAAUAAGAUAAUUCAAAUGUGAGUUUGUACAUCAUAUUUCUGGUCAGAGAUAAAAGAAAAAGGUGAAUUAAUAUGGCAGUCAAUGAAUUGAUUAGUUGUUGACUCCGAUUGAUUAUAUAUAUACCGAUCCAUAUCGAUUGAGAAAUAGAAGUAGAACUUAACCAUGGAUACACGUCAAAUGAUCGUUAUAUUUUCUUCUUUGGUUCUCACGCAAAUGACCCUAGGAAACAUUGAUUCAAUUUUACAGGAGUUUGAUUGUGUUGAUAUAUACAAACAACCCGCUUUUCAACAUCCAUUGUUGAAACACCACAAGAUUCCGGAAAAAUUCACUUCAAAUGAAAGUUUUGAUAGAAAAAGUAAAUAUAAAACAACUGAUCAAAGUUGUCCAAAAGGAACCGUGGCAAUCUUAAGACAAAGAAGUGAAACUGAGAGUCUUCAUCUCGACACAGACGAUCAUUUCGGCCACCAUUUUGCGGUAAUGGACACAUAUCCGGAUGCGAGCAUCUAUCGAGGAGCACAAGCUGAUAUAAGUAUCCAUAACCUAACUUUACAAAAUAAUCAAUUAAGUAGAAGUCAAAUUUGGUUAGAGAAUGGACCUCCUGGAGAACUCAACAGCAUACAAGUUGGCUGGGCGGUGCAUCCAAGAUUGUACGGAGACAGUGCCACACGAUUUACUAUUUAUUGGACUGCUGAUGGCUAUAAAACCACUGGAUGCUAUAAUACAAAUUGUCCUGGUUUUAUUAUUGUAACUCGAAAUCCCUCGAUUGGAAACAUUUUUAAACUAUCCUCCGUGUAUGGUGGUGAUAAAACAGUUAUUUUCACACCACACGUUUAUCAGGACGUCUUUACUCCAGGCUGGGCACUGAAAGUAGAUGACGAAAUGAUUGGAUAUUGGCCCGGAGAGCUAUUUACACACUUGAAAAAUGGAGCUUCUCGGGUGCGUUUUGGAGGAAACACAUAUAUAUCUCCAGAUGGGAUUAGUCCUCCAAUGGGAAAUGGUCAUUUUCCGCUUAAAGACUAUCAAAGGAGUUCGAGUUUUCUUCAUGUGAAGCUUACGAAUCAUAGGUAUCAGACAAUCGAAGCUAAAACAAUAUUAAGGAAUGCAGAUUCUAGGUGUUUUAGACUAAUGGACCGGCGUUACACCAAGGAGAACGGAAAGUCCUUUUCUUAUGGAGGAGCAGGUGGCAGAUGCGGUAUUUGAUGAUUUUAUAUAUCUACUGACCAAGACUAUCAAAUUUACAAAAGAAAUACGAACUAUUUUCAAUACUACAAAUCAUUUUAUUGUUACUAAAUCACAUUUAUGUUUCAUGUUUUAAAUGAGAGAGUAUCAAUACAAAACAAACACGAGAAUAUUUAAGUUUUCCCUUUGUCCAGAAACACUGCACUUAUACAUAUAUAUUAAUAUUAUCCCGUCAUCAAACCAGAAUCAAUCACAAAACCACAAAGUACAAAGUUUAUAUUUACAAUCUAUGUCAAUACUCCUUUGGUUUGUUCCCAGUUCCCUUCUUGAUUACAGAAGAACCAAGCUUUAGUCUCGUUCUUUCACACAAAGUUUUGACAUUUAAACAUCAUUAAAGCUGCUAAGACAUAGAACAGAGGAUAAGCUACUACAAACACAUGGCAAUGUUUCUCAAGGAAGAACUAAACAACUUGGUGAUAAAAAAAAUUAGAAUUCUUUUACUCGGAGAAAGAAAUCUGGGUCCAUCUAAAUUAAUGAAAUGAAUUAUGUUCAUAUAAAUGUAUAUUCUCAUUUGUAAAGUGACAAAACUAACACAAUAAAUAGUAAAAAAACUCUCAUCCUCAUGUUUUCUCUCUACUUUCCAUAGGUUUGAGUAAAAGUACUUAUUACGUCAAAACAAAAACAAAAGAAAAUGAAGACUAAACACAAAAAAAAAACGUAGAUAGUAUGAUAGGAAUAAGAAUGAAAGUAACAAAAAAAGUAAAAUAAUAGAUAACUUGUUCCUUAUUAUUCCAUCCCGGAUUUGAUAGAAAUAGUUUUAUUCUGUGCUUCCUUGAACUAAAAGGAAUGAGAAGAAACAUUAAAGAAAAAUAUUAUUUAUAAAUAGUAUCAAAUCUAAUAAAUGAAUAAGACUUGACCAUUCCAUUCAUUCUUUUGAUCUGGACCUUAAACUAGUGUUAUCCAUUUACUGAUAAUUACGGAAACGGAUAAGAGGUGACCAAAAAAUAUUUCAACAAAUCUAGUAAGAAAAUCUAAAUAUGAGUUUGUAGUACAUCACACUUCUGGUAAGAGAUAAAAGGCGAAUUAAUAUGGGGAUCAAUGAAUUGAUUAGUUGUUCACUCCGAUUGAUUAUAUAUAACGAUCAAUAUCGAUGGAGAAACAGAAGUAAAAUUUAACAAUGGAUACACGCCAAAUGCUCGUUAUAUUUUCUUAUGUGGUUCUCACGCAUAUGACCCUAGGAAAUAUUGAUGUUAGAGUUUACGACUUCUACUUUGUUUUCCAUUUCUUAGUAUUUGAUCUUUAAUUUAAUUUUUUAUUUUUUUUGUAUUCAUCAAUUUUACAGGAGUUUGAUUGUGUUGUCAUAUACAAACAACCCGCUUUUCAACAUCCAUUAUUGAAACACCACAAGAUUCCGGUAUGAUAGUGACAUUGCUUUAAUUAAAUAUGAAAUAAAUUGGACAAAUUAGAAAUAUUUGACCUAUAUUUUUCUCUAAAUUAAUCUUGUAUCUUCUGUUAUGUUUCAGGAAAAAUUCACUUCAAAUGAAAGUUUUGAUAGAAAAAAUAAAUAUAAAACAAAUGAUCAAAGUUGUCCAAAAGGAACCUUGACAAUCUUAAGACAAAGAAGUGAAACUGAGAACCUUCAUCUAGACACAAUCUAUCAAUUUGGCCACCAUGUAUAUCCUUCUUUUCCUGUUUUAUAGUAUAUAUUCAUCCCUUUUUUUAAAAAUGAGUAUAUAUUCCGAUCUGGGACUAUGAAAGGAGUUCGAGUUUUCCUCAUGUGAAACUUACGAAUGAUAAGUAUCAGAGCAUCGAAGCUGAAACACUAAUGGGGGUUGCAGAUUCUAAGUGUUUUAAACUAAUGAGUCGGGAUUACACCAAUGAGACUGGAAAGUCCUUUUCUUUUGGAGGACCAGGUGGAAGAUGCGGUUUUUGAUUAUUUUAUAUAUGUUCUGACCAAGACUAUCAAAUUUACAAAAGAAAUAUGAACUGUUUUCGAUACUAUAAGUCACUUUUAUGUUUCUUGUUUUAAAUGAGAGUCAGUACAAAACAAACAUGAGAAUAUUGAAGUUACAGAUAUAAUUGCACUUAAAAGAAGAAGAAGCAUCACAAAUGAAACAUAAAUAACAAAAAAAAGAAAUGGACAAAACAAUCUUAUUUAGUUUUCCCUUUGUCUAGAAAAUAAUCUGCACUAACUGUAUAUUAAGUAUUAACGUUAUGCAGUCAUCAAAUCAGAAUCAAAAAAAAAAAAAAAACAAAGUAUAAAGUUUAAAUUUACAAUUUUAUGUUGCUGCUCCUUUGUAUUGUUCACAUUUCCUAUCAAAACUUCUUGAUUACAAAAGAACCAAGCUUAAGUUUCCCAUUGGAAUGUUCCGGUACAGAUAUGAAACGACACUGAAGCAUAAUAAUAUUUUUGGUGUCAAAGGAAAUGAUAUUUAGAAACUGAUUUUUUUAAAAAAAAUUGGUCAAGAAUGACAUUGGCUUUUGCAGAAUGUAAAACCAUAUAAAACUUAAACACGAAAAUGUAGAUUUAUGACUAUAUUCCUCUCUGGGAAAUUAAAUAAAAUAUAAAACUACACGAAAAAUAUAUAAACAAAACAACCAAACAUUAAAAAUCAAUAAAUUAACAAAAUGGUCAAAACUGAAAAUUUAAAAUCCAAAAAUAUAAAUUAGUCUUCUAUCAAUUUUAUGUAUUUAAAAGAACAAUUUUAAGCUAUAGUAUUCAAAAGUUAAAGCUAUAACUAUUUAAAAGUUGAGGCUACAAAAUAUUGAAAAUGUUCACACGAAAUUUAUAACCAUCAAUCAUAAUAUGCAAAAUCCCUAUUUUAAUUUAUUAAUUUUAUAAAUGUCAAGAAAUCCUGAAAUGAUUAGAAAUGGAAAUAAAUAUAAAAAACGUAAACUAACAAAAAAAUUUUUUUGCUAUCCAUACAAAAUAUUUGGAACUCCUACAUAAAAAUAACUAAAAUAUUUUUGUCUUUUAAAUCCAGUUUUCAAAGAAUUAAUUAAAAAUAUAUUAAAAAUAAAAAAUGAAGUUGAGGGUAUAUGACAUGAGAAAUUUCACACAUAACUUAAAAAUAAAAUUAUGCCAAAUCAGCAUUUGAUUUUAUUAAAUUUUCCAAAAAUAUUUAUUUCAAAAUAAAUAAAAAAGUACUAUCAAACAAGGUAAACUAAAAAAAAGAAAUUAAUAUAAAAUAAGAAAGAAUAACAAACUAGAAAUCUUUAAAAGAAAUUAAAUUGAUUUAUAUACUAAAUAUUUGGAAAAGGAACAUAAAAUAUGUCUUAAAAUGCAAGAUUUUAUAUAAUGCAAGACUUUGAAAGAAUAUCACUAUAUGGACUUAAAUUAUCUAACAAUCAACUUUACAUGUUUGCUAACUCAUUGCAAAUUAACAUUAAAAUAGUUUAACAAAACAUAAAUAGUAUGUCCAUAAAUUUUCUUAUAUGAUAGGUGAUACAAGAAUCACAUCUUUAAAAAAUCAAUAAAAAUAUUAAAUUAUCAAAAUUAAAAAUUAAAAUAUAUAAAAAAUAGAAAGUAAUUAAUGUCUUCAGAAAUGUAAAAUCUAAAGAAUCAUAUUUAUACAAUUAAAAUACAAAUAAAAAUAAGAAACUAAGCUAACAAAGGAAACAUAUAUCCUUCUAAAACUUUAACUUAACUCUUUGGAAAUUUAAUAUCAAACAUAAAUUCUUUGAAAAAAUGUAUCCUACAGUAUGUCUAAAUAUACAAAUUAUAUAUAUCAAAAUAAAAUAAUUAAUUAAUA